GUAACACGACGUCAGAAUUUCUGAAAGCGUGACGUAUUGUGACGUCGAUUACAUUUUCACGAUAUUUUUUGCCAAACAUUUUCCGGGACUGUAUUUGGAUACUCAUAAUCAGUUAAAAAGUACUGUUGAGUAAUACACCUGAUACAAACACUUAUUACUUAUAUCUUGUGAUAAUUAACUUCAAAAAUGUCUUUUGUAUCACCUAUGCCGAGUCGAGAAUUCCUCUGGGACGUAUUUCAAAGAGUCGACAAAGACAGAUCUGGUGCAAUUACUGCAGAAGAAUUGCAGCAAGCUCUUUCAAAUGGAACUUGGACACCAUUUAAUCCAGAAACUGUUCGUUUAAUGAUUGGUAUGUUUGACAUUGACAAAAAUGAUGCUGAUUCCUCAGGUAUGUUUGAUAAAAAUCAAAAAGGAACAGUCAGUUUUGAAGAAUUUGGAGCUUUGUGGAAAUAUGUAACAGAUUGGCAAAAUUGCUUCAGAUCAUUUGAUCGGGAUAACAGUGGAAACAUUGAUAGAAAUGAAUUAAAAACAGCUCUCAUAAAUUUUGGAUAUCGAUUAUCAGAUCAAAUUAUUGAUACUCUUAUACGUAAAUAUGACAGAGCUGGUCGUGGAACUAUAUAUUUUGAUGAUUUUAUUCAGUGUUGUAUAGUUCUAUAUACUCUGACUGCUGCCUUUAGACAGUUAGACACAGAUUUAGAUGGUGUUAUUACAAUCCACUAUGAACAGUUCCUGGGCAUGGUAUUCAAUCUUAAAAUAUAAGAUAA